AGAUUGACAUCAUUAACAUGAAAUAAGCCUCCCACGAUUUGAGCUUUCUAACUCUCUAUUCUAGCCCGCUCCCAAAUCUCGUCACUUUCUCUCCCCCUCUUCCCUUUCCCCCUCUCCUUGUCUCCCAAAUACCCAGAAAAAGAAAAAAGAUCCAAGAUCAGAGAGAAAGGGUAUUGGGGGGCUCGACCAUUCAACGACAAAAUGGGGAAGAAGGACAAGAUGGCAGAGUACUCCAACGACGAAGACAACAUCAAUGACAACAAGGGUAGCUACAACUACCGGAUGUUCAGCUUCUUCAACCGGAAGUUCAAAAUCACGGAGCCCGAGCCGCCGGCCGACGUCCAAAACCUCUUCGCCCAGUAUUCGGAGGGCCAUCACGAGAUGACCGUUGAUCAGUUCCGUAGCUUCCUUGCGGGUCACCAAAGCGAGCCCAAUUGCACGCUCGAGGAAGCCGAGAGGCUCGUCGCCGAAGUCCUUCACCGGAGGCACCAUUUGACGAGGUACGCGAGGAAUGGCCUCAAGCUCGACGACUUCUUCCAGUUCUUGCUCUCCGACGACCUCAAUGGCCCUAUCAACAAACAGGUGCACCAUGACAUGUGUGAGCCAUUGUCACAUUAUUUCAUAUAUACAGGGCAUAAUUCCUACCUAACUGGGAAUCAACUCAGCAGCGAUUGCAGCGAGGUCCCCAUUGUAAGAGCUUUACAAAGAGGGGUUAGGGUGAUUGAGCUAGAUUUAUGGCCUAAUUCGUCUAAGGAUGAGGUCCUUGUUCUUCACGGAAGGACCUUGACCACGCCUGUGUCGCUCUUCAAAUGCUUGAAGUCAAUACGAGACUACGCAUUCGUCCGCUCUCCUUAUCCGGUCAUCAUCACGUUGGAAGAUCACCUUACGCCAGAGCUUCAGGAGAAAGUUGCAGAGAUGUUGGUUCAGAUUUUUGGGGACAUGUUGUAUUACCCAGAGUCAGAUAGCUUGAUUCAGUUGCCUUCACCAGAGCUACUGAAAUAUCGAGUCAUGAUCUCGACCAAACCACCAAAAGAGUAUCUUGAAUCGAGCGGCAUCAAACAAAAGGGAACUCCGCGAGAUAAUGGGUCUGAGGAUGAUGAUGAUGACGAAGAUGGGAUUGGAACUUCCGAAACAGAAGCCAAUUGUGGGAGGCCGGUGGGUUGGUAACUAAUUACAUCCAUAUAGUGAAUCUAUGUGACUAAUACUCAUUAUUCAUAUCUUACUGGAUGAAUCUUGCAAUGAAAUUGCAUGAAUCCAUAUAUGCUGCAGAGCAGCAGUGAGCAGGAAGAUGAAGAUCCGAGUGACUGCAGAACAUCAGGGCAACUAAAUUCUCCAGGGUACAAAAGGCUUAUUACCAUUCAUGCUGGGAAACCAAAGGGUGCCUUAAAAGAUGCAUUGCAGCCUGCAGCUGAAAAAGUUAGACGACUUAGUUUGAGCGAGCAGGAGCUUGAGAAGGCUGCCACUACUAAUGGAACCGAUGUAGUUAGAUUUACGCAGAAGAAUAUAUUGAGAGUUUAUCCAAAGGGAACACGAAUCACAUCCUCUAAUUACAAGCCGAUGGUGGGAUGGAUGCAUGGGGCACAAAUGAUAGCAUUCAACAUGCAGGGAUAUGGGAAAUUACUUUGGUUGAUGCAUGGGAUGUUUAAGGCUAAUGGAGGAUGUGGGUACGUGAAAAAGCCUGAUUUGUUAAUGAAGAAAGGCAUCAAUAGUGAGGUUUUCGAUCCUAAGAAAAAAUUGUUAGUGCAGAAACGAUUAAAGGUGAAGGUGUAUUUGGGUGAUGGAUGGCGCUUGGACUUUAGCCACACACACUUUGAUGCUUAUUCACCACCAGACUUCUACACUAAGAUUUACAUUGUUGGUGCAGCAGCUGAUUCGACACGAAAGAAAACGAGGAUCAUCGAGGACAAUUGGUCGCCCGUAUGGAACGAAGAGUUCACGUUCCCAUUAACGCUUCCAGAGCUAGCUCUGCUUCGAAUCGAGGUCCGGGAAUAUGACAUGUCCGAGAAAGAUGAUUUUGGUGGGCAGACAUGUUUGCCUGUCUCCGAGCUAAGACAAGGGAUCCGAUCAGUCCAUCUUCACGAUAAGAAAGGCGAGAAGUUGAAGAAUGUGAAGCUUUUGAUGGGGUUUGAGCUUUUGUAGAUCUAAUGUACGCCUGUUUGUAAUCGUGGAGCAUUAUACCAAAUAGCUAGUUAGACAACUAAAGCACUUGAUCAGAGUUUGUAGUCGUAGAAGACAAGUAAUACUUACAGUUUAAUAUCAAGUUGCUUCGCGUUUGUAGUUCGGAAGGACGAUGGAAGAAACUAGAACUAGAAGCAACGAUGAACAAGCUAGCCAUAUUGUUUUGUGGUCCAUGUGUAUGUUUGGGAUGCAUGGAGUACGGUGUAACUUGUAAGAACAAAGGAUG